AUGGAACAACUGAAGCCAAGCGCUGCAAAUUCUUCCCCACUCACUCCACUCGGAUUCUUGGACAGAGCCGCCACAGCAUACGGAGACACCCCCUCCGUUAUCUACAAAGACACCGUUUUCACGUGGUCCCAAACCCACCGCCGAUGCCUCCAGCUCGCCUCCGCCCUCUCCGCCAUCGGCAUUGCCCGUGGCCACGUCGUCUCCGCCGUCGCCCCCAACAUCCCCGCCAUGUACGAGCUCCAGUUCGCCGUCCCCUUCGCCGGCGCCAUCCUCAACAACAUCAACACCCGCCUUGACGCCCACACCAUCUCGGUCAUCCUCCGUCAUUCCAACUCCACGCUCGUCUUCGUGGACUGCGCCUCACGCGACCUCGUCCUCCAAGCUUUGUCCCUGUUCCCUCCUCAGCACACUCAACGGCCACUCCUCAUUCUCAUCACCGACCCCACAAUCGAACCCCAAGCCUCCCCAACCGUUGACUUCAUAGACACCUACGAGGGCCUCGUGAACAAGGUUGACCCAAAUUUCAACUGGGUCCGGCCCAACUCGGAGUGGGACCCAAUGGUACUUAACUACACCUCAGGAACGACGUCGUCUCCAAAAGGAGUAGUCCACUGCCACAGAGGGGCAUUCAUGAUAACCGUCGAUACACUCGUCGACUGGGCGGUUCCUAAAAACCCGGUUUAUCUCUGGACUCUCCCGCUGUUCCACGGUAAUGGGUGGAGCCUCGCGUGGGGGAUGGCAGCCGUGGGGGGGACCAACGUCUGCGUCAGAAAAUUCGACGCCCGAAUCGUCUACUCUCUCAUUAACCGCCAUCACGUGACUCAUAUGUGCGGCGCACCCAUCGUUCUUAACAUGCUAACAAACUCCCCCGACAACAAACCGCUUCAAAAACCGGUUCAUGUCUUAACAGGGGGAGCGCCGCCUCCCGCGGCGGUGCUCCACCGCACGGAGUCGCUGGGUUUCGCGGUGAACCACGUGUAUGGAUUGACAGAAACAGGAGGACCGGUGGUGACGUGCGCGUGGAAGGAGAAGUGGAAUCGGCUUCCGGCGACGGAGAGGGCGAGGCUGAAGGCGCGGCAAGGGGUGAGGACGGUGGGGAUGACGGAGUUGGACGUGGUGGGUCCGACGGGGGAGAGCGUGAGACGCGACGGGGUUACGGUUGGAGAAGUGGUUUUGAAAGGAGGGUGUGUUAUGCUAGGGUACCUUAAGGACCCUGAAGAAACGGCGAGUUGUUUCAAAAACGGGUGGUUUUACACUGGGGAUGUUGGUGUUAUGCAUGAGGAUGGGUAUCUUGAGAUUAAGGAUAGGUCGAAGGACGUGAUUAUCAGUGGGGGUGAGAAUGUGAGUAGUGUGGAGGUAGAGUCGGUGCUUUACGGACACGUGGCGGUGAACGAGGCAGCGGUGGUGGCAAGAGCCGACGUGUAUUGGGGAGAAACGCCGUGUGCGUUCGUGAGUUUGAAGGAAGGGGUGAGGGAGAAACCGACGGAGAAGGAGAUAAUUGAGUAUUGUAGGAAGAACAUGCCCCGUUAUAUGGUUCCGAAAACGGUGGUUUUCAAGGAUGAGCUUCCCAAGACUUCGACGGGGAAGAUUCAGAAGUUUACCUUGAAACAGAUUGCCAAGGAAAUGGGACCCCUCAUGCUAAGUCGCGUGUGA